UCUGCCAGAACGGGAAGAAAACGAGCAGGCUUCGCGUGUUAAUGUCCGCUUUUCCGGGUUAGUUUUAUACCGACGAUGUGCAAACGCGCCCGGUAACUAGUUCAGUCGCCGGAGGGUAAAAGCAGAACCGUCGACAAAGGGUUGUGAACAGCCCCGGGUCAAGAUCGCGAGAGAUUUUAGAUUUCCCCCUUGUUUUCCGGGCGCAAUGGCCUACUGACUGGCUAACCCGCCCCACUUGAUUGCUUCUUUGUUCCGGUUUCUCGCUUUGUUGGGGUCCCCCCCACCCCGCCGCCGGCGUUAUUUAGAAACAGUCCCGGCCGAGGAUGGUUCAAAACGACAAGACCCUGGAGACGUCUCGGGCGGAGGGCGAGCCGAGCCCCAGCCCUGCCCCGGUCGAGGCUUGCUCCGAGGCCCCCGGGCCGGCGGAGGAGUCGAGCGGCGGCGUUGAAACGACUGGCCGCAGGAAAUUCAUAAGCGGCGUGGUGGAAGGUUUUUACGGUCGACCAUGGACAAUGGAACAAAGGAAAGAGUUGUUCAGGAGGCAGCAAAAAUGGGGAUUGAAUACAUACCUUUACGCACCUAAAGAUGACUAUAAACACAGAAUGUUCUGGAGGGAGCUGUACUCUGUUGAAGAAGCAGAACAACUCAUGACUCUGAUCAGUGCUGCAAAGGAGCAUGGCAUAGAGUUCAUCUAUGCCAUCUCACCAGGACUGGACAUUACCUUUUCCAAUCAGAAAGAGGUUUCAACACUAAAGAGGAAGCUUGAUCAGGUUUCUCAUUUUGGCUGCAAGUCCUUUGCCUUACUAUUUGAUGAUAUUGACCACAACAUGUGCCCUGCUGACAAAGAGGUGUUCAGCUCUUUUGCACACGCUCAGGUGUCAAUCACCAAUGAAAUCUUCCAGUACCUGGGAGAGCCAGAAACCUUCCUUUUCUGUCCCACAGAGUACUGUGGCACAUUCUGCUACCCAGGCGUCGCUCAGUCCCCCUACCUCCACACAGUAGGAGAGAAGCUGCUGCCUGGCAUCGAGGUGCUUUGGACUGGUCCCAAGGUGGUGUCUAAAGACAUCACAGUGGAGUCUAUUGAGGAAGUGUCUAAAAUCCUGAGAAGAGCCCCAGUGAUCUGGGACAACAUCCAUGCCAACGAUUAUGAUCAGAAGAGACUUUUUCUUGGUCCCUACAAGGGCCGCUCUACAGAGCUCAUCCCCCGUCUGAAAGGUGUUCUCACUAACCCUAACUGCGAGUUUGAAUCCAACUUUAUUGCCAUCCACACCCUGGCCACCUGGUACAAGUCCAAUAUGAAUGGGGUGCGCAAAGAUGUGGUGAUGACUGAUGGUGAAGACAGCACAGUGUCCAUCCAGAUCAAGUUAGAAAACGAGGGCAGUGAUGAAGAACUUGAAACAGACAUGCUCUACAGUCCUCAGCUGGCCCUCAAACUGGCCCUCACAGAGUGGCUGGGGGAGUUCGUUGUGCCUCAUCAAUACAACAGCCGACAGGUGCCUCACAGUGGCGCCAAGAGCUCAGCCAUAGAUGUGACAACCCUGGGUGGCCCCUCCCUCUGCUCCGCUACCACGGUAACCACUGUGUUCCAGCAGCCCAUCAUGUCCCCAGUGGCACCGUCGCUCUGUCCCGACCCACACUCGCACCCCAUGGCCAAGAGACAACAAGAGUCAGAGGAGGUGGAGGUGGAGGUGGAGAAGAAGGACUCUGACGAGGAGCCCAUGGAGAUGGUGGUUGAGAAGCAGGAUGAGCUGGAGCCCAACACAGAACCUGACUCGGAGGUGAAGCACGUUGGUCCCAUACUGGCUGACAAGAUGGCUGAGGACCUAAAGCCCAUGGAUACAGACAAAGAGAGCCUCACUGAAUCCAAGUCACCAGAGGAGUCCAUCCAAGAAGACUCUGGAAGCGAUAUUGCCCCCAUGCAGACAGAUGAACAGCUCAAACAGGACAUGUUUGUGCCGGGGCCUGAUGAGAAGCCUCUCUUCACAGUAGAACCCCUCAUGUUGGAAGACCUGAGUUUGCUGGCAGAACUCUUUUACCUACCAUACGAACAUGGACCCAAGGCCAUACAAAUGUUAAAGGAAUUCAAUUGGCUGAGAGCCAACAGCAGCAUUGUCAGUGUCAACUGCAAGGGCAAGGAACCUGAGAAGGUAGCAGAAUGGCAGUCCAGGGCUGAGAAGUUUGAGGAGAUGUGCUGCUCGGUCAUCCAGAUGUUCACUCGUCUGUCCAAUUCUGCUAAUAGAACCAUUCUAUAUGAUCUUUACCCUUACAUCUGGGACAUCAAGAGCAUCAUUUCUAUGGUCAAGUCUUUUGUCCAGUGGCUAGGGUGUCGUAGUCAGUCCUCAGCACAGUUCCUUAGUGGAGACCAAGAGCCCUGGGCCUUUAGGGGAGGUCUAGCAGGAGAGUUCCAGAGAUUGUUGCCAAUAGAAGGGGCAAACGAUCUUUUCUACCAGCCUCCACCCUCACUGCCAACCUCCAAAAUCUAUUCCAUAAGGCCAUACUUCUCCAAAGAUGAGGCUGCCAUCUAUAAAAUCUGCAAGGAGAUGUACUCUGAAGGAAUGGAAGCAGUUCCCUUCCCUGAUCAGGAUUCUGAUCUUAUAGGAGACAGGUUGGUCGGAGGAUUCCUGACUUUGAGUCCAGACUAUGGCUUUGUACUAGAAGAUGAGGAGGGAAUCUGUGGUUAUGCUCUUGGCACUGUGGACGUCAAGCCUUUCAUCAAGAAGUGCAAGAUGAGCUGGAUUCCCUUUAUGCAAGAGAAAUACCACAAACCCGACUGUCAGAAAGACCUUUCAGAAGCUGAGAAGAUGAUGCUGAGCUUCCAUGAAGAGGAGGAGGGGCUUCCGGAGUCCUUUCUCUCUAAUUUCCCAUCUCUCAUUAAGGUCGACAUUCAUGCCAAGGUCACUGACCCCAGUGUGGCCAAGAGCAUGAUGGGAUGUCUGCUAUCUUCUAUCAAGGCUAAUGGGUCCCAUGGUGUAUUCUGUGAGGUUCGCCAGACUGAUAAAAGAAUGCUGGACUUCUAUAGUAAGCUUGGCUGCUUUGAGGUGGCCAAGAUGGAGGGCUUUCCCAAAGACAUCAUCAUUAUGGGCCGCAGCCUCUGAGGAAGGCUGGCUACCGCGACAACCACAGCUCUGUACAGAGAGGAGGGGAAGACAAAGGUGCAUCCAAGCAGCCGUCAACGAGGCUUUCGAGCAUGUCUGCUCCUUUCAUGAGACAAACCUCCGUGAUGAAUUUAUACCACAUAACCAUCUGGGCUAGCCCGAGAUAACCUGUUUUUAGAAUGUGUACAGAAGCACAGCAAUUGCACAUAUUUCUGGUGCUGGUCCUAGAUGUUACGGGCUCUGCCGGACUCAAGAGAGUCUAAAGCCAAAAGGCCAAGCAGUCAUCUACAAUCUCAGAGAGUCAGUUGAUUUGAGCCAACAUGAAAGAGUCACCCUCCACUUAUGAUUCCUGGGGUACUACUUGUACCAACAAAGCUCCAGGUCCAGGGGGAAAGAGGUGGCCUAUAAAUCCAUAAGCCUUUAUCAUGUAACCUGGUAGACACUACAUCCAUGUGGCCCGCUGGCCAGAUGGCUGAGUGUCUGUAUUUAGCUAGACUGAGGUAAAGGUUUGAAAUGAAGGUGGCCUGUUUCUCAGUUAGGGUCCUACUACCUUUUGUCCUGCUACGUUUGAACAGCUUUGACAUAAAAGAAAGAAUGCAACUGUAAACAGAUGUGGGACACAACUGUAAGGGUUGUAAGGUGUUUUAUAAGAUUUUGCCUUACAUCGCUUUAUAGUGAAAGUACCAGUCAGGCAGGGACACAUUUGGGGAGCGGAGCCUUAAAUCAUUACUGCUGGUAGAAGAGCCAUGUCUCUUAACACAAAGCCGUGAAGUAACUGGGGUUUUAUACCAGAGGAUAGUAAGUGUAUCCGCACAGGUGGUUUAAAAGUGCAGCUUUCCACAGCUUGUUGCAUUUCUCAAAGCUGAUGUGGCAGAUGUCCAAGAAAAGUAAUUUUACUGAGGGCACUGAAGCCUCAGCUGGGGGUCUUUUGGUCUCAUGGCCGGGUAGACACUUGGAACGUGAAAGGAGCUUAUAUCGGUUAACAUGGUUCUGAACCUAGUUCAUUUUCAGUGCUUUUCUUUUAGCUGGACAUUUCUGAAAACGGUUUCCCCUCACAUGUCCCAGCUUGGCCAGUGCUUUUUGGUUGAUUGCCGUUGAGUCUUAGUUUGGAGAACGCAGACUCCAGUGUUGCGAGGUUGAUUCUGAUUAACUGCUCUCCAGCCCGUCGGUUCAAUGCGGUUAACAAUUGGUGACUUGUUGUUUGGUUAAACCCCAGACCUAGAGCCUGUAGUUACACGGGAUUAUAUGUCGAUUGUCUUAUUUUCAACAACCUACCUACUUCUACACUCCAGCACAGAAUGCUUUUCUUAAAACAUAAGCUGAUAGUUGCAGUAUCGUCACAGAGAGAGAAAUCCUGGAGGGCCUGGAAAAGUGGAGAAUGACACAUUUUCUGAAGGGUCUGGAAAAUGUUUGGAUUUUUUUUCUAUUUCAUAUUAGUUUCAGAUCAGUUUGGUGUUCAUCUUUGAGAUUCUAUUUACAUUUAAAGAAAUGAACUCCUAAUCACAAAUUUCCUCUGUGUGGAGGUUGCGUGUUCUCCCCGUGUCUGCUUGGGUUUCCUCCAGGGGCUCCGGUUUCCUCCCACAGUCCAAAGACAUGUAGGUCAGGUGAAUCGGCUGUACCAAAUCGUCCCUAGGUGUGAAUGUGUGUGUGUUGGCCCUGUGAUGGCAUGGUGGCCUGUCCAGGGUGUCUCCCCGCCUGCCGCCCAGUGACUGCUGGGAUAGGCUCCAGCAUCCCCGCGACCCUGACGGCAGGAUAAGCGGUUUGGCUAGCGGAUGGAUGGAUGUCCCAGAAGAUAGCUGUGGCUGGUGGAAGAACAAAAGCUGAACAUCAUCAUCAGCUGUUUAACAAAACAAAACGAACACUCGGUAUGUUAAGUAUUUGUCAUUGGAUUGGCCUUGAAGAGGUGCCAAGGAACCCUGUAGAAAACCGUGACCGAGAUGACGUGAGCUUCAACACGCCCGCUGCCGCGGCCGACUGGUUCGGGCCCCAUUGAUAACCUCUAACCCAGGACUUAAGCUGUGGAGGGGUGGUGAUGUGGGCUGUGUUCAAGAGAUUGCAGUUUUACUAACUGUUCAGCUGUGCCGUGCCAUACAGAUAUUGUGUGCUUGGCACCAUGGACGUGAACAGUUGUUUCACACUUGUCAGUAACAUUUCCUGCGUUAAUUACAACCUUGCACACUCUUGAAUGAAUGUUGUGUAUACGAAGCCGUAGGCAGCACACUUUGCAUUUGUAGAGGACACUUGAUCCUGUCAAGGUGGCAGCGACUCCUGCUACUAGUGGGAGUUAGAAACAAACAUCCCCUUUUCAUAAUGUGCUGAAUGUUUUAUAUCCUGACGUGUUAACCAUUUCUUUUUUUGUAAAUCCCCUUUGACGAACAGCGCCCCUCUGUUGGUUUCACGAGGACCCGCUGUUGCUUAUGCUUUCCAGUAGCUGCCUGCGAUGUUUUGAUACCGUCUACGUUCAACAUUGUGCAUGAGGUGCAGUGAGUUUGCUGUAGCAGCCAUCAGAGUAACCUCAUCGUAUUCAUAGGGGAAGAAGAAGCACGCUGCCCGCCCGUGUGUGCAUAAUAUUGUGCAACACUGACAGUCUGUAAACUGUUAAAAAUCACAGAAGGGUGAUUUUAUUUUGUAUUCUGAUUUUCUUUUUUAAUGCGGCCUCGUUAUGUCAACCGCAACGCCCUGUUAAGUUAACCUACAUGGCUGUCAAUGAGGUGACCAAGUCAGAUCUUGGAAAAGUUCUCACCCUUGUUCAUAAGUUUGCAGAUCUUGUCAGUGCUCGUUCUUUCCUCUCUGCCAACUUGAUUUGAUAAACCUGGUCUGCAAUUCAAAGAAAGGGCUUUGAUUGUACAUUUUGACUAUACAUUG